AUGCAGUUAUUGCUCCAAGGCGUUUUCAAGAGCGUGAGUCCAGCCAUUUCUUUCCAGAGAGUCCAACAUUCUCUCCAAUUGGCGCUGAAUCACUCUUUACGUAGAGAUGUGUUGAAACGUCAUGUCUCUGUCCAUGGUCCCUCGACUGCAAGGGACAGGCAAGGCACGGUAGUUGGUGGUAAUACACCUAUAGCCCGUGGCAGAGUAGUGCAAGCAUGUCAAGCAUGUGCAGUUAAUCACCUGCGGUGCACAGAUCUGAAGCCUUGUAGUCGUUGCGAGCAAGAUAAUCUGAUUUGCAUCUGGGAUCGCCCAACAGACUCGGACAUUUCUCAGAUGAACGUUGACUCCAAUACUUCGAGUCGAAAGUUUGGGGAUCUUGACGAGAAUGCUAAUCAAACGCCUCCGGUGCUUGACCCUGCCUUUGAUGAUCCGGAUCUCAACGGAAUUGGGAAUGCUCCGGCGAAUCCCAUUCAGUUACCGUCUGCUCUCCCCUCAGGUGUGUUGAUCUAUUUGAACGGGUAUAAUUUCCAUAAGAUACUGAAUGAAGUUCAAAAUUCUAAUGGAAACAUUUCGUCCCUUUUAGAAAUACCCGAACUCAACAACUUGUGCGGACAAUGGACACCAAUGAGAGUAUCAGACAUGGACUUUUCAACACACCUGGAGCUUAGCGACAUCGACUUGAGAUUUCUAGACGAAUACAACACCAAUAUCCCAUUCGAAUACGGCAGUUUCUCAGCAGAUGGCAACAACAGCCGCCCCGAUGAACAAGGACCUCUGAAUCAGUACAAACCGGUCGGAAUGUCUUCCGAAUCAUUUGCAAAAUCUUACUGGCGGUUUUGCCCCGCUACUCGGGACUCAACAAGGGCUGACAAUCCUGGGGAAUGCAAAGACCAGGUCCAAUAUCCGGAAACUCCUAUAUCUCUAGACCGGCGGGUGACGUGCAAACGACUAAGUACGGCUGCGCGAGACAGAAUCUUAAUGACACUGGUGGGAACUUGCCGCCCUGAAAACAUGCCCAAGGCCUUCAUGUCAUUCCCAUCGGUAGAGUUGUUGGAUACCUUGCUUCAAUUCUACCUUACCUCGCCGGUGUCUCGUGCGGAUUCCUUCAUACACUCUGCAACAUUCGAUCCGAAUGAACAAAGUCCAGAGCUUCUAGCUGCGAUGAUAUCAUCUGCUUCAAUCCUCACCAUUGAUCCUGCUUUGGCGAAACUUGGGUUUGCAUUCCUGGAGCAUGCACGUGUUGCCAUAGUCGGGCAGACACUAAUUGCUUUACGCCAGUGGGAAAAAGAAAACGAUCCCGUCCGAGAUUUGGAGCUUGCGCAGGCCUUUACCAUCGUUCUUGAAGUUGAUCUUUGGAGCGGCCACCACCGAAAGGUCGAGGUUACCGAGCGCUUCUUCCAGCCAUUUCUGACCCUCCUUCGGCGGAGCGGAAAGCUCAGACAAUCAUUUUAUCCUCGGAUUACUGUUUCUGAGACGGAUGAAGGUGAACAACUUCAGGCGUUGUGGCGAAAAUGGAGUCUGCUGGAGUCGUUUAAAAGGCUCGUGUUCAGGGUCAUUAGACACGACACGAAUGCGUCCAUGUCGCUACAAGUCAAUCCUCUGAUUUCUCAUGCGGAGAUGCUCAUUCCUCUUCCCGAGUCACAUUGCCUCUGGAAAGAAAAGAGCGCUUGCGAGUGGAAGUCGGCAAUGCUUGCCCCCAGAGCUCUCAAUCCCUCAGGGGUACUCACCGUGGCUGACUAUGCGGAUGAUUUAGAAGGUGCUUGUGCGUCUGAAAGUAUUGCAGAUACAGAGGUUGUCAGUACUGCGUUUCUGUCAUGUGUUUGGGGCUUUGCCUGGGAACAUAUCCAGCUCAAACUUUUCCAGAGGCACCGGCCACGGAGGUGGAACGCCUUAAUUAUGGCGUCGCGACAUGAUGAGAUCAUCAAGAUGUUGAAUCAGUUCCAAGUCAGCUUUGACGUCUGCGCAUCCUUUGCUCCCGAGGUGUUAAUGAAGCUGGAACUGAUUUUCAUGCACAUGGACAUCCCCCUCGAGGAUUGCCAGGUCUUUGCCGGCAUGCAAGGCCCUGAAGAAGCUCGCAAAGUGUAUCCUACGAUCAGAGAGUGGCACGAGAGCGAGGCUGCCCGGAGAGCAAUUUGGCAUGCCGGCCAGAUCAUCCGGAUUGCCCGAUCAAUGCCCAAGGGAACAAUACGGGGACCUAGCCCAAUAAUGGUGUAUCAUGCAAGUUUAGCACUUUGGGUCUACGGAUUGUUGUCUACGUCAAAGAACAAGACAAACCAGGGUGGCGACAGUCGUGCUGCCACAUCAGGGCCCCAUAGCCAACCCGUCUGGCUUGAUAGCCCUGAUAACCCCAGCGUCCAAAGAUUCUUACAGCUUGGAAGUGGGCAGCCAUGUAUUCGAAACCCCUCAAAGCUAGAUGUUUUGGAUAGUGAUAGUAGUGAAGAUGUGUACUUAUCAUCCCCUGAGAAAACAAUGGGGGCAGUCAUCGGAAUGUUGAGGGACAAUUUUGUAGGGACAGGAAGACCACUCCUGAUUGAGCAGACAAUUCAACUGAUGACGGGACUUCAAAAUAUGUCAAGAAGUCAUACUGCCUCAUGA